AUGUCCGUGGCCCUCACCUGUCCUCUGCUUCUGUCCCCGCCAGGCAUGGCAUCAGCCUUCAACCUGAACCGGGACCUGGCCUGGCUGGGCAGCUCCGGAGGGCUGCCCACCAACGAGACCACCUUCGCCAAGCUCCUGAGGGACAGGGGGUACCGCACGGGGCUUGUAGGAAAGUGGCACCUGGGCCUCAGCUGCGCCUCCCGGGGGGACCACUGCCACCACCCCCUGCACCACGGGUUCGAAUUUUUCUACGGCCUCCCCUUCGGCCUCCUGGGCGACUGCUCGGCGUCCUGGGGGUCGCCCCCCGAGCUGCACCGCCGCCUGCGUGGGGCGCUGGCCGCGUCCACGGCGGCCCUGGCCCUGGUGCCCGUGCUCCUGCUGGUGCCCGCCUGCGCCCGCUGGUUCGUGGUGCCCUGGGGGCUGGUGGUGGGCGCCGCCCUGCUGGCCGCCCUCUUCUUCGCCGGCUGGUUCUGCAGCUACGGCUUCGUCCGGCGCUGGAACUGCGUGCUCGCGAGGGACCACGACCUGGUGCAGCAGCCGCUGAGGGAGGGCCAGGCGUCCGGGCUGCUGCUGCGAGAGGCUAUUGGCUUCAUCCGCAGGAACGCGGGGGGCCCGUUCCUCCUGCUGGUGUCGCUCCUGCACGUCCACACGCCGCUGGUCACCAGGGAGAAGUUCGUGGGGCGCAGCAAGCAUGGUCGCUACGGCGACAACGUGGAGGAGAUGGAUUGGAUGGUGGGUAAGAUCCUGGAGGUGCUGGACAAGGAGUGCCUGGCCAACCACACGCUGGUAUAUUUCACCUCGGACCACGGGGCCAGCCUGGAGGCUGAGGCCAGCGGGGAGCGCCUGGGCGGCUGGAACGGGGUCUACAAAGGAGGAAAAGGGAUGGGCGGAUGGGAAGGGGGCAUCCGAGUCCCCGGAAUAUUCCGGUGGCCGGCCGUGCUGGAGCCCGGGAAGGUCAUCGAUGAGCCCACCAGCCUCAUGGAUAUUUACCCAACGCUGUCUUACGUCGCUGGAGGAAUUCUGCCCGUGGAUAGAGUGAUCGACGGCCAGAACCUGAUGCCGCUUCUGGAAGGCCGGGCUCGCCACUCCAACCACGAAUUCCUGUUCCAUUACUGCGGUGUGUACCUGCACGCCGUCCGCUGGCAUCAGAAAGACUGUUCCACCGUGUGGAAGGUCCAUUACGUGACCCCCACGUCCACCCCGCCGGGCUCGGGCGCCUGCCGCGCCGCGGGGACGUGCCCCUGCGCCGGGGGGGGCGUCACCCACCACGACCCGCCUCUGCUCUUCGACGUCUCCAGGGACCCGUCCGAGGCCCGGCCCCUCAGCCCGGACGACGACCACCUUCUGUUCGAUUCCGUGCUCCGUGCGGUCGAGGACGCUGUCCGCCGGCAUCGUCACACGCUCAGCCCGGCCCCCCAGCAGCUAUCGGUGAUCAAUACCCUCUGGAAGCCGUGGCUGCAGCCCUGUUGCGGGACCUUCCCCGUGUGUGGGUGCGACCGGGAAGGGGACCUGGCACCCCACGUGUGA